AUGUCUAAAAUCAACUGGAAAGCCGCACGAACUCGGCGUUUGAUAAUAUCUUAUUUGAAAGACUGGCUACUAGUCAUCGUAAUGACAGCCGCAUUCUUUGCAAUCGACAAGGUCCCACCUUACCAUCGAAAAUUCUCUAUUCAGGACAAGACUAUCAUGUUCCCGUAUGCAGUAGAAGAAACAAUUCCAGUUUGGCUCUUAUUGAUUAUUUGUUUCGUGGUACCAAUUGUGGCAAUGGCAUUAGUCUCAAUUGGAAUCAGACAUAGUUUACAUGACUUUCACAGUGGUCUUCUUGGUCUUUGUCUUGGAUUGUCCAUAACAAUUAUGAUUACCGAUAUUAUAAAGAUCACAGCUGGAAGAGCGCGUCCUGAUAUGCUGGAUCGUUGCCAGGCACCCCCAGGUAUCAUUGAUCCAGUCUAUGGCUUGACAGACUACACUGUUUGUACAACACCAGCAGAUAGUGCUAUUAUGAUCGAUGGUUUCAAGAGUUUCCCAAGUGGUCAUUCCUCGUUUUCAUUUGCUGGGCUUGGAUUCCUCUCCUUUUAUUUGGGUGGAAAGAUGCGCAUGUUUGAUGAGCGUGGUCAUACCUGGAAAGGAUUCGUAUUUGCCGCACCCUUGGCUGGUGCAAUUCUUGUAGCCAUCUCUCGUACACGUGAUUAUCGCCACCAUUGGCAAGAUGUUUUGGUUGGAGGAUUGCUAGGUCUUUGCUCAGCCUAUUUUGCAUAUCGCCAAUAUCAUCCUGCCCUUGGACACCUCCGAUGUUGCACACCUUUUGCACCACGAUUCCCAGCCACAGACGAUAAUGGGCCUUACAACGUAAUAGACGACAGUGAAGCGACACUGUAUAAUAGAAAUAUUGAUCCAGUCACUGGGAGGUCAGUCCCUUUAAAGGGAAUUGAUCCCAAUUCAGGUCUACCCCAAACACAUCACAGAUCCGAAGAUCCGUUUGUAGAUAGUGCUAGCUCAUCAACGCAGCAAUAA